CAAAGGCUCACUAUCAAUUCAUGUCGUUACGGAGGAAAAAGAUUGAAUUCUCCUCAGCAUUUGCUCAGUUUGAGCGAGAUAUGCAUGCUAUAUAUACCUACUCUGGCUUGUCUGGUUUGGAUACCUACCAACUAGCUUACGACUUGUGCAAUGCUACGCCCAAUCCCUACUCGCAACAGCUUUUUAUCGGAAUCGCCGAAUAUCUGGAGACGUACACUACGGGUCUGAGAGAGGUUAUUCUAGAACAUGACGACGUAGUAACGGCUUAUGCACAGGCGUUUGAAAAGUACGAUGUCGCUUCUGGAAUCAUCUCACGUGUUUGCGAAUAUCUCAACAAGAUCAUAACGCAGUCGAACCACUCCAAAAUUCCGGCUCAGAGCAAGAGACAGAAUGUUGGGAACAGUAUAUACAAAAGACAGACCGUACAAGCUCUGGCUCUGUCAAUCUGGAAGAAAAACAUAUUUUUGUAUAUUCGAGACCAUUACAACAAUCGGCUCAUAUACCAGAUAUUCGAGCAUAUCCGUCGUGAUCGAGAUGGCUUCGACGCUCCCUAUAGCUCAUUAAAAAUCGCUAUAACAUCGCUCGUACAAAUCAACUCGUUGACGGACCAACCAUUGCACCUUUAUAUCGAAGAGUUUGAGCGUCCUUAUCUGGUCCAUACUAAGCGGUAUUAUGAGGCAGAAGCUGUACGAGAAAUUGCCAAUGCCUCUGUCAGCCAAUUCAUGACAAAGGCAACUCAACGCUUACAGCAAGAAUCUUUCCGGAAUUAUCGAUACUGCCAUUCGACAUCGCACGAUCGGAUUCUACGAGAGACGGAAGCUCAAUAUAUUGCUGCAUAUCAGAAUGUGAUUCAAGAAGACUUUGUUCAUAUGUUGAACGAGAAUCGCUACACAGAUUGUACAUUGGCCUAUAGUUUGCUCCUCCGCGUACCAAAUGGGCUCAAGCCCAUUCUGGCCUUAUACGAGACUUACGUAGCUAACCGAGGAAAAAACAUAUUAGAAAAGCUAGGUAGUACGGUGUCUAAGAAUCCCAAGAGUUACGUGGAGCAAUUACUGGAACUUCAUCAAAAGUUUUAUUUGGUAAAUAAGGAAACGUUUGCUGGAAAUCCGACCUUUACUGCCGCCGUGGACAAAGCCUUCCGUACCAUCGUCAAUGAUACCACAGUCAAUCCUAGCGCAAAUGGACCAGAGGUACUGGCUCGCUAUUGUGAUAGUAUGUUGAAGAGAAGCACAGUCAAGAAGGAAAUGGCGACCUCUGCGGCAUCUGGUGUGAGUAGCAAAGGCUCUAUUAGAAGAAGACCGGCCCUUGGAGAUGAAGGAGACCCAACGGAAACACUUACUCGCAUGAUCACCUUAUUCAAGUACAUCGAUGAUAAGGACGUUUUCCAAAAGUUCUACGCACGCCUCCUCGCCAAGCGCUUGAUCCAUGCCACGUCUAUUUCGGAAGAAGCAGAAGCGACCAUGAUUUCACAGUUGAAGGAAACAUGCGGUAUUGAAUAUACCAGCAAACUUCAUCGCAUGUUUACAGAUAUGUCAUUAAGUGCCGAUCUUAACUUGGCAUUCAAGAGUCAGGAAGGCGACAUCAAAGGCUUUGAAAUGCUUGUACUUACGUCUGGAGCAUGGCCAUUGAAUCAGUCCAUGGCAGGAGAAUUCAAAGUUCCUGAAGAGUUGGUCAAAAGUAUAUCCAAAUUUGAGGACUUUUAUAAAGAGAAGCACAGUGGUCGACGUCUUGCUUGGUUAUGGCAUUUGUCUAGAGGUGAAGUCAGGGCGACCCAUCUAGAUAAGCCUUACGAUCUGUCUGUUUCACUUCAUCAAAUGGCUCUAGUGCUGCUAUUUAAUACUGUACAGAGCUUGAGCGUCAAAGAAAUGGCAGCGCAGACGGGACUGACCAUUCCAGAUGUUUUGCGUUCCGUGAAGGCUUUGGUUGAUCUUGGCAUCUUCAACUCUACAGAAAAGAAAAUUUCGGAAAGCUCAGAGCUCUCUAUCAAUCCAGAGUUCACCAGCAAACGCACAAAGAUAAAGGUUAGCACUUUAGUGCAAGCUGAUACUCCACAAGAGAACAGUGCAACCCGCAAGGCUGUUGAGGAAGAUCGUAGAAUCAUCCUACAAGCCGCCAUUGUUCGAGUCAUGAAGUCCCGGCAAAUUCUUUCACAUCAACAGCUUGUCCAGGAAGUCAUUGAUCAGACUCGAUCCCGCUUUGCUCCUUCGGUGCCACUGAUAAAAAAAUGUAUAGAACAGCUGCUGGAAAAGCAGUAUAUUGACCGUCAAGACCGUGAUCGUUAUGUAUAUGUUGCAUAAUUACGGAUCUAUUUCAGUAUAAGAUGUAUAUAUAAAACGUUGAUUUACUUUACAACUUCUUGUCCAUUGGUUUAUUUCUUUUUCUUUGUGUGUGGGGGGAAUUUAUUAAAUAUAUCAAGAAGUGGUCGAAAAACGACAUGUCGAUCAUGCCCAGGAACUUCCUUGUCACAUUAAUCGUCGUCGUCAAAGCCGAGAUCAAUAUCUAUUGCUACUUUG